AGUUGGUUGUUUCUACUCGAGUGAGGCGCAAGCUGUUGCCUGUAAGCUAUGAAAGCAAGCUAAAAUAUUCGGUUGUCAUUGAGGCGGCCUGGUGCGGUGAAUGUGUAUUUAACGUAUCGACAUGUGUGUGCAUUCUCCCAUAGCUCUGUUGUGAAAAUACUGCUACUGUACUUAGGUCCUGCACUGCUCACGCUCAGGAUGUCACUUGAACAAACAGCUUGUGAGGAUCUGAAAGCCUUCGAGCGUCGAUUGACGGAGGUGAUCGGUUACUUGAACCCUCAGACGAAGAGAUGGAGAAUUAUUCUCUUCAUAAGCUCGAUCUGCACAGCGAUAGGCGCUUGGCAGUGGUUGAUGGACCCGGUCACAUCACAGGCUACAUUUGUGCAGUCAUUGAUGAACCACAUGUUCUUCACCAUCAGCAGCAUCAUCUUAGUCAUCCUGUUUUUGAUGGGCAUUCAUAAAAGAGUGGUCACUCCUUCCAUCAUCGUUUCAAGGGUGCGAAAUGUUCUUUCCGACUUCAACAUGUCCUGUGAUGAUGGUGGGCGGCUGAUUCUACGUCCAAGGCCCACAACAUCAUGAUGAAGGAGUGACUCUGUCCUUAAUGGGACAGACCUGAAGGCUGUGGUCAUACAUAGGCCUUAAAUGACUCUCCUCCUAUUCCCCCAUGCAGUCUUGUACAUUUGGUGUAUCUUCAGUUUUUUUUACUCUGGCUUUCAAAGACUGCUUUCAAAUGCUUUCAGAGACGUGGACACUACUGUAGAAUACAGCAGCAAUGUUGACCGGAUGAACAAUGAGAACUGUUGCGCUCAUAUUUUAAAGCAAAGCUUUCCUUGCUUGCGAUCUUUUAGGCUGACUUGGGCUGCUCAGUCGUUCUUCUCUUGUAGUGUAGACACCUCCUAACUUAUUAGAGGAGUGUCUCGUGGUAGGAUUUACAGCAGCCUGAUGCUCUACCCACUCGGCCAUAAUCACAAGCGUGAAGAAUGGUCAGUGCAUGGACUGUAAUCGUGGUUGGUUGAACUUCAACGCACAGAAAGGUGGCACCAUCUAGUAAUACAGAUCAAGUGAAAUGCUUUCUUUACCCAUUCUGAAUGUGACACAAAGCAGAUUUUUCUGCUACUUCACGCUUUGUUGUACUUGGGAUAACUUCCUGUGGCUGGGAUAACUUCCUGUGGCUAUGCAACCAAAGCUAUGGGGGUGGACCUACUGUAUGUGUAUCAAUGUACACAGGUAGUAUGAACAAGCUCAGUACCUUUUUCGGGUUUUGAUGAUGCAAGAGUUUGGCUUCAAAAGACUCGCAUUGCAGCCACAGCAAAAGGUUUUCAGGCAAGCUGUAAUCUUUUGAUGAGAUAAGUAGCUCACCUGUGUUUUGAUUUUGUCAUCUUCUGGUAGGUAGGCUUUGUUACUGCCAUGUUCCACACAAAUAUCACACCUGAUAUAUGCAAAUGUGUCGGGCUUUCAACUGCCGUCAGUCUCGCUGUCUCAAAAUUUUUAAGACAGCACCAUCUCACAGGAAUUCUAGCAAAUGUGUAUAAAUUUAUGUACAUAGCACACAUUUUCUGUGAAGCCUGUUAUAAAGUAUUUUGUGAAAAACAUAUCACAGUAUGGAUUAGUGUCAAAAUUCAAGUCCCUCAUUGAUUUUUGAUUAUCAAAAUGCAACAGUGUAAAUUUGAAAAUAUAGGCUGCUGUCAAUUCAAAUUAUGGUGCUUUAAUUAUCAUCAUCAUC